ACCAGGCACGGUGCUCAGCUCUCUCAGGCCAACCCACGCUACUCUUGCCCCCCCUUCCACUCCCAAAUCCAUCCAAACAAUUCACUCUCCAAGAUUCAUCCACGUAGCCACCUUUGUCUUAGGUGUCGUUGCUGACGUGUCAACGCUCCCCCUCCCCUCUUUUUAAACCCCCUCUGCUGGUCCCUCUUCUUUUUCAUAACACUACACUAUUCAACCACUCGACUCACUUAAACCAUUUCUCUUCUCUCUCUCUCUCUCUCUCUCUCUCUCUCUCUCAAAGCUUUUAUCAGAAUCCGAAAAUGGCUGAAAACUCUGAUCACCGCAAGCUGAUCGUGGAAGUGUGCAACGCCAAGAACUUAAUGCCGAAAGACGGCCAGGGAACGGCCAGCGCCUACGCCAUCGUCGACUUCGACGGGCAGAGGAGGCGGACCAAGACCAAGCAGAGAGAUCUCAAUCCCGAGUGGGACGAGAAGCUUGAGUUUCUCGUCCACGACAACGACUCCAUGGCCUCCGAGAUCCUCGAAAUCAAUCUCUACAACGACAAGAAGACAGGAAAGCGCAACACUUUUCUCGGCAAAGUCAAGAUCCCCGGAAACACCUUUGCCAAAACUGGGGCCGAGGCCUUGGUUUAUUUCCCGUUGGAGAAGCGCAGCGUGUUUUCUCAGAUCAAGGGGGAAAUCGGAUUGAAAAUAUAUUACAUCGACGAGGACCCUCCCGCGGCGGCGGAGGUGAAGCAGGAGACUGCUCUCCCGCAGGCGGAACAGGAGAAGCCGCUGGAGAAUCCGAAAGCGGAAGAUCAAAACCCCGAGGCCGCGGCGAAAGCAGAGGAAACUAAAAAAGUGGAGGCUAAAACAGAAGAAAAGCCUAAAGAGGAGGAGGCGAAAUCAGAGGAGAAGCCCAAGUCACCGGAAGACAGUAAACCGAAAACGGAGGAGGCUUCAGCCCCGCCCCCGGAGGUUGAGAAUCCGCCAAUCGCAUACGGUUCGGAGAAGUCAAAACAAGUGGAGAAAGAAAAGCACGUGGAGGCAAAUGGCGGCAUCAACGAGGUUGAGCUUCUUCAGCCAUUGGCCCGGGACCGGAGCCUGAGCGCAUACGAUCUGGUGGACCGGAUGCCGUUUCUUUACGUACGAGUUGUGAAAGCUAAGAGGGGCAAUGGCGGCUCUACUGCCGAACCGGUUUACGCCAAGCUCGUGAUCGGAACGCACAGCAUCAAGACCAAGACCCAGCCAAGCGACAAAGAGUGGGACCAGGUCUUCGCCUUCGACAAGGAAGGCUUAAACUCGACCUCUCUGGAAGUUUCGGUGUGGGCAGAAGCGGAGGAGAAGAAGGAAAACGAGCCUCCUACCAGAACAGAGACUUCUCUCGGAACGGUGUCGUUUGACUUGCAGGAGGUGCCUAAGCGAGUUCCGCCAGACAGCCCCUUGGCUCCGCAAUGGUACACUCUGGAGUCGGAGAAGGAGGCUGGGAAUGACGUCAUGCUCGCCGUGUGGAUAGGAACGCAGGCGGACGAGGCGUUUCAGGAGGCGUGGCAGUCGGAUUCGGGUGGGUUGAUACCCGAGACCCGAGCCAAGGUCUAUUUGUCUCCCAAGCUUUGGUAUUUGAGACUAACGGUCAUCCAAACCCAGGAUCUCCAGCUAGCUUCGGGAUCCGAACCCAAGCUCAAGGUUCGGAGCCCAGAACUUUAUGUCAAAGCUCAACUUGGCGCUCAGCUUUUCAAGACCAGUAGGACCUCCGUGGGCUCCACGUCAUCAAGCUCCGCCAACCCCACUUGGAACGAAGACUUGGUUUUUGUAGCAGCUGAGCCGUUCGAGCCGUUUUUGGUUCUAACCGUGGAAGACGUGACCAAUUCUCAGUCUGUGGGCCAUGCGAAGCUCCACGUGCCCAGCGUUGAGAGGAGGAGCGAUGAUAGGGCUGAACCAAAGUCCAGGUGGCUCAAUCUGAUUGGCGAUGAGAGCCGUCCGUAUGCCGGACGAAUACAUUUGCGAGUUUGUUUGGAAGGUGGGUAUCACGUGCUGGAUGAGGCGGCGCACGUGACCAGUGAUGUUAGAGCCGCGGCUAAGCAGCUAGCCAAGCCUCCUAUUGGGUUGCUCGAAGUUGGUAUUCGCGGGGCCACAAAUUUGCUUCCGGUGAAGACCAAAAACGGUGUGCGUGGGACAACCGAUACUUACGUGGUUGCCAAAUACGGACCAAAGUGGGUCCGGACCCGAACCAUUCUCGACCGAUUUAAUCCACGCUGGAACGAGCAGUACACAUGGGACGUAUACGAUCCUUGUACGGUCCUCACUAUAGGAGUCUUCGACAACGGAAGGUACAAGCGCGACGAAGCUGGAAAACCCGAGAAAGAUAUUCGGAUCGGGAAGAUCCGCGUGCGGUUGUCCACUCUCGAUACGAAUCGGGUGUACAAAAGCUCAUAUUCCCUUACGGUGUUGCUUCCUGGUGGGGCCAAGAAAAUGGGAGAGAUUGAGAUAGCCGUCCGAUUCUCUUGCUCAUCUUGGCUUAAUUUGAUCCAAGCGUACACCAGCCCAAUACUUCCCAGAAUGCACUACGUCCGCCCGCUGGGCCCUGCGCAACAAGACAUCCUGAGGCACACGGCCAUGCGAAUCGUUACGGCUCGACUCGCUAGGUCGGAGCCGCCGUUGGGGCAAGAGGUGGUUCAGUUCAUGUUGGACUCCGACACGCACGUGUGGAGCAUGAGGAGAAGCAAGGCCAAUUGGUUUCGCGUGGUGGGCUGCCUGUCACGUGGGGCUAUGUUUGCCCGUUGGCUCGACGGAAUCCGCACCUGGCAGCAUCCACCCACCACUGUUUUGGUGCACGUGCUGCUCGUGGCAGUUGUGCUAUGUCCGCAUCUGGUGUUCCCCACCAUAUUCAUGUACGCCUUCUUGAUCCUAUUGCUGCGAUGUCGAUAUAGGCAGAGGGCCCCGCCCAAUAUGGACCCAAGGAUCUCUUACGUUGAUGCGGUGAGCCCGGAUGAGCUGGACGAGGAACUUGAUGGGUUCCCGUCCACGCGACCGUCGGAUGUAAUACGCAUCCGAUACGAUCGGCUGCGGGCAUUAGGAGGUAGGGCCCAGACUCUGUUAGGUGACGUGGCAGCGCAAGGGGAGCGGUUGGAGGCGCUUUUUAAUUGGAGGGACCCAAGAGCAACGGGCAUAUUUGUGGUGUUUUGUUUGGUGGCGUCUUUGGUGUUUUACGUGGUGCCUUUCAAGGCUUUUGUGUUGGUGUCAGGGUUCUAUUGCUUGCGCCACCCAAGGUUCCACGACGACAUGCCGUCUGUUCCGGUCAACUUUUUCCGGCGACUUCCGUCUCUCUCUGACCAGAUUAUGUAGGUGAUGUGAUGAUGCUUGUGGGUACUUAAUUUUGUUGCACUCUCUUGGUGGUGGUGAAGUAAUACGUAGUAACUCUAGUCAACUAGCUAGCUGAUGAUGACGUAUUUAUUUAUUUAUUUAUUUAUUUAUGGAUAAGUUGAAAUGGAUAUUGUUUUAUUAGUUGUUGUGUAUGUGUAUGGGAUCACGCGUGACGCACCCAAUAAAGGCUAUAUCAAAUUGACGUUGUGUUUACAGAUCUGAGUGGGCGGCACAACAUAAAUUCAAAUAUAGACAUAUGAGGAAGGUGACCGUUAUAUAAAUCAGCCUCCUCCAUCUCUCCAUGUCAGAAGUGCACUCAUAUGCUCGUAUACAAUAUGCAGAGGCCCCCUAAAACUUUUUAAAUAGAUGAUGUAGUAACCUAGACAACGGUCUACAUUAGAAAAAAAAAAUAACUUUCUUGUAACGAGAA